UCCCUGCUGCAGAACCAGAACCGGAACCGGAACCGGUACCGGGAGCCACCUGGUAGCCACACAGAGGGUCUCUGCGAGCCUCCACGUCGCAGGUCGCCACCAGGGACCCUGCAGCUCGAGAAGGAGGCGGUUGUGCCUCUCCUGCACCUGGGCCCGGGAACCAGUGUCUGUGAAAACCAGCAGCCACAAUGAGUUUCGUUGAAUACGGAGAUACGAUAAAGGAUGGUGACACAGCCAUUGUGUUCCUGGGCCACGAAUCCAUGUUUCCCGUGAAAGUCCAGCAUGGCUCCGUAACUCAGACUAAGUAUGGGGUCAUUAGGCACUCCACGGAUCUCAUAGGCAAGAAGUACGGCUCCAAAGUGACCUGCAGUAAAGGCGGAUGGGUGUUUAUCCUUCAUCCAACACCAGAGCUGUGGACUGUGAAUCUUCCACACAGGACACAAAUUCUGUAUUCCACUGACAUCUCCAUAAUCACCAUGAUGUUAGAGCUGAAGCCGGGCUCCAUAGUAUGUGAAUCAGGUACGGGCAGCGGGUCCCUGUCGCACGCCCUCAUCAGGACGGUGGCUCCCACGGGGCACCUCUACACGGUGGAGUUCCACCAACAGAGGGCUGAGAAGGCCCGCGAGGAGUUCCGCGAGCACGGCGUGGAGCAUCUCGUCACYGUCACCAACCAGGACGUCUGCCAAAGCGGCUUUGGGGUCUCCGGCGUCGCCGACGCUGUGUUCCUCGAUAUCCCGUCUCCGUGGGAAGCCAUAGGACACGCAAAGGYGGCGUUAAAAGCUGAAGGUGGCCGCAUCUGCUCUUUCUCCCCUUGCAUCGAACAAGUCCAAAGAACCUGCCUGGCCAUGGAAGAACAUGGUUUUACGGAGAUUAACACCUUGGAAAUUCUGCUGCGAGUGUACAACGUCAGGACAAUUAGCUUGCAAAUCCCUGACCUUGGAAAAGCGUCUGAGGAUAAUUCGAGCUUUGGCUUUGACAGCAGCAACCCGUCAAGUCAAGGUAGCCCGGGCACUAAUCCGCAGCAAGGAACUGUGCAGUUCAAAAGUGCUGUCCCGCUCAGGGAGAUGGUCGGUCACACUGGGUACCUGACCUUUGCCACCAAGAGCCUCUUUUAGCACAGGAAGUUGGGAGUGUUUCGUGUGUGUUUUCUGCUUUCGUGGCCCUUUCCUGUAGGGCAUCCAAAUUUUUGUCAGGGAAUUCCAUAUAUAGUCAGAUCUGGUUGGAAUAUGCUUUGUUUAAAUAGCACGCGAGCGUUGAGCAGAGCAGCAUCGAGGGAAUGUUGAUGGGCUGGAAUGGGGCUCCGCUUGCCGCCAGAAAGAAGAUAAAUUAACAGCAAAUGGCCAUUUGCUGGAAUGUGCAGAAUAAAGAUCCCUCCCRAUAAGGAGGCAAAACAAACAGCACACUAAUUGCAAUGAGUUUUUUU